AUGGCUUUAUGGAUUUCUUGUGACUGUGGUGAGAAUAAUGACAAAUGGAUUGUGGCGGCACCAGGUGACAGAGACAAAAAAGUUAUUAUCCUUUCGAGCAAAGCUGAGUGCAUCUCCUUGAUGUUCAACAGAAUUCCUAUCAGGUUUAAUCUUGAUCCAUUAAAAUUGAGGAUCUUGUGCCUUCGGAACAACGAAUUUGAUGAAAGCUUAAUUGUUGAAGAAAUUAAGAAUUCCAGUUCACUGACAUAUCUGGAUUUGAGCGGAAACAACCUCAAGGGGAUACCGGAAGAAUUAUGUUCCUUGGUAAAGCUGGAAUACCUUGAUUUGUCGGAAAAUCAAUUUGGGGAAACUGAAGUGCCUCCCUCCUUUGGAAACCUCAUCAACCUCAAGUUCUUGUACCUAAAGUCUGGUAUUGGUUCCGUGAGAAUACCAGCUGGGGUCAUGUCUAGCCUUAAAGCAUUGCAGGUAAUAGACUUGAGAAGUUUCUUAAGAAAAUGUACCCAAUUCCUAUACCGAGAGUUGGGCACCCUAUCUCAGUUGAAAGCGCUUGGUAUUUUGGUCCGAGAUUUAGCUCAGUUUGAGUCACUAGGAGAAGCGGAUAGCCUCCCUGUUAGAUAUUUGGCUCCGAAUGACGUAUGUGCACUCACUCGUAUUUUAUCAAUGGACUUUGCACGAAGGACCUUGUAUGAAGUGGAUAUCAAUGAAUUGGAUAUUAAUGAAGAAUUUGACACUCGAGAAAUAACAGUAGUACAACAUGACACGGAACAACCAAACAACCAUUUUGGUGCUCUCAACAAACUCAGCUUAACUUUUAUGAGAUCCUUGAGAGAGAUAAAGUGGAUGGGAGCAACUCCGGCAUUUAUAUUCCAAAGGCUCACUUAUUUGGAAUUGUUUUUGUGCCAACAGCUAUUGCACCUCUCUUGGGUUAUGUAUUUGCCUCGCCUUGAACUACUUCAUAUAAUUUCCUGUGAUGGUAUGGUGCAAGCAUUUAUGAGGUGCCACGGUGACAAAUUGUGCAAUGGACAGGACAAGACAAAAACAUUUCCUCGCCUCAAGCUUCUCGUUCUUAUUUAUACCAAAUCGUUGGAAACUAUUGGGGACAACGGUAUGAAAUUCCCAUCCCUAGAGCGACUUGAGCUUGAAGGUAGUCUGGCAUUGAAGAGGCUUCCUUUCUGGUCGGACAGUUUGCCUCCAAAGCUGAAGGAGGUACGGUUUGAUGAUGCUCGAUGCUGGGAGAGACUGGAAUGCGAAGAAAGUGUCAAAACUAUCCUGCAACCCUAUCUUAAUUUUGGCAGACGAUAUCAGGGUUAA